UGUAAUUAACUUCAGAUGAACUGUUGUUGAAUAUGCCAGGCCUCGGAAAGCCCGUCAUAAACUGCCGGUUGGCACGUAAGGUUACAAAGAAAGCCCCUUUCCUUCCCAAGUCCCGCCUUGGCUGCCCCUUCUCUCAACAACCUCCCUUCUCAAGAAAAAAUAUAUUCGCUCGUUCACAAUGAAACUUAUUCUCUCAAUUCUCACUGCUCUCGUAGCCUGCACCGCAGCAUCUCCAGUCCACCCUCUCACCGUCGUCUCCUCCCGCCGCCUCGGUCGCAAACCAUGCCCCAAAGGCGGCACACUCCCCCUGAACUACAUUGCUCCAACCCUCAUGGUUCCCGUCAGCGCCAACUUGCCUGAUAUCGCCUUCGGCUCAACCAAAACACCCCUCAUCACGCCCAACAACUUCUGCACCAUCUUCAACCUCGUCAUCCCCCCUUCGGCACCCGGAGACACUUGUACCCUCGAAUUCCUGUUCCCGGACUACGAGGAAACAUCUAGUCCAUAUAUGUACCAUGGCGGUGGACACUUUACGUUCACGGGAUAUGCGUUUGGCUCUGGAGCAACGGAGGAGACGACGUAUAAUCAUCAACCGCCUCCAGGACCAAGUCCGCCGCAACCACCGGCAGUGAUGAGCCCGGGCAAUGCAUAUAUAGUCAACGUGGGCGGGUGUGGUGCGGAGCCACCCGGCAGUUUGGGGGUCAGUGGAAUGUUGUGUAGCCCCGAUACGGUGUUUUCGUAUUUGCAGACUGAGGGGGAUGAACUUGGAUGUCCGAUUGGAUUCUUUGUCGCGAUUAGCUAGGGGUAUAUGUUGGAGGGGUAAAGGAGGAUGUUGGCUUGUUGGGAAUUACAAUUUGCAAUUAAUUACUUGCAUUCGAAAUGUUGUUGAACAUGAAAAUGACCCGGAUCCGAGCUCGGUAUGGGUGUUUCGUUGAACGUUUGGCUCCACUGAAUCUUACUAGAGCUAGUUGGCUACGCAGCAGAUAUCACUCCUGGAGUUGAAACUGCGGAAGUUUCAGGAGCAUUUUGCUUAUCUCGAAUGUACUGCAC